UGUCAGCUCAGUAAAGUUUUAUUGGGAAUUGAAAGUCGUACUAUGCAAACUGCUUUGUAAGGUCAUUAGUAUACCGUUUUGUCUGAAUUGUCCGCGCUCUAUUUCACGUAGAUCAUGAGCUAUCACUCGUGAUGGGUCUUGAGGAAAGCAAAAUUGGUCAAACAAGCAAAGCUAACUGUAACACACCAAAUUUGUGUUUCUUUGCGCCUGUUUCACCUGGAAGAAUAAUUCACCAAUGCACUCUGGAGUUAUGGAAAAAAUCUCACCGGGAACUUUUCAACUUCUCAGACAAGGUGAUGGUGUGUACCUAUCAACUGCCUCAUGAUUGCACAUCGGCAUUUUGUCUAACUAGGCAAAAUAUUGUGAAUUUUCGAAAAUCGUGUUCUGUUUUCUCACUGAGAAAGCGAAGAGAAUAUACAAAAAUGGCUGAACAUUUCGAGUAUAAUCACAUACCUGCUCAUUUAUCUUCCAUUCAGAAUUUACACUUCAAAUCGGUGUUAGACAUUCACAGUGGAUUGGCAGUUGUUCAUUUGGCACGAGAUAUGAUAACUCAGUUUGCAUUAGUUGACUUAAGGAUUAAUAAAUUCCUUGGUUCUUUUGGUCGGCAAACGGUUCUCUUUAGUCCUGAAUCAACCAUAGGAAAAAUAUCACCCGAUGGAACUUAUUGUCUAAUUAGACUCCCUUGGUCGAGAAAUAGGAGAGUUUAUAUACUCAAGUACCUUGAUUGUAGAAGAUUUGUGCUGCAGUUAUUUUCACGUUAUAUUCUACGGACAGUUCUAAUGGCUUUUCAUUUUUAUGUAUCUGGUUACUCAGAUGAUAUUUGCAACCCCUUAAGUUCAGGCCGACCAACAAACAACGGAACUGAAAGUGGUCGAACUCAGCAAAAGAACUUGGUUUCAACACAGUGUAUUGAAUCAAAUACACGUUACAAUCCAAAAAAUAAUAGUACAUCCCCAAUGUUGGCUCCCACACUGCCUGGUUGCACCACUUUGUGGCUUACUAUUUUCAAUUCUGAUACAUUAGAAAGGUUAAGAAUUUUGAGAUUUGAUCGAUCAGUAUGCCCAAUUCACACAUGUCCUACCAAUUACCUACCCGUAAUGAGCCGUUGUGGAUCAAGGAUAGCUUUAAUUACACGACAAGCAGUGGGAUAUUAUAAUAGUACUAGUAAUCAGAACGCCAGUAAUAAUUCACGUGAAUACCUGUUUUCCAGCUGUAAGACGCUUCCUGUAUCUUUAAGGCACUCCGUUCCAUUUAUAAGUGUAGAAGGCUGUUCUAAUUCACAAUGCGUGAUUAACAAAAGUGCUAGUCAAGAAACCAGCAAAGAAAAUUCUAUAAAACGCGUAAGUCAACUAUUAUUGUUUCGUUACUAUUGUUGUUAUUUUCACAUUUUCACUAAGAAGUAGAUACAUUUAUCAUCUGAAUCUUACAACUGCAGUAUCCUAUGCGAAGUGUAACUACUUUGUAGUGACAUAAGAUCUAUGUGUAAAAUGAUUUCUUCGUAUUUCUAAAGUAUAAUUUUUAAAAACUGUUUGCAAUUAUCUGUCUACUUUAUUAGUCCAUACUUUAAGCCCAAAAAUUUUCUAUAGUGGUUGAUUUUUAUUAAUUUGCUUGAAUAUUAGUUUAUUUUUAGUCUAGUAUUGCAAUGAAUUGUAAAAUAUCUAGACUCAUCUGUAAACAGUUUUAAAUUUCUUGAAUGACCCAUAACGGACUUUCUACCUGCGUUAUUUGUUGUAUAAUUGAACUAGUUUUCAUGUAAAAACAUACUGUGGUAAGCAUCUUCCACACCGGUAUAUCUUGUUCUUCUGUACACCCAGGUAGAAGUGAUCAGCCCUAACACUAGUUCAUCCACAUAGAGAGUUCCUACUUAGGCCUCAGGUAAUACUCAUGAUUAGUGACUGUAGAUGAUGAAUGACAUAACUCAUAAGUAAUGACAGGGAGAAAGUAGCACGCGUGCCCUAUCUUCUUGGGUUUUUAUUCUUUCAUCUCAUUUAUUUUUUUCGGAUUAUAUGUAUGAUUAAAUUUAAUUCAUACCAUCCUCAUUUAUCGUUAUUCUGUGUUCCAUUGCGCAACUACAUAAUUACUUAGUUUUAGCCUGACAGUCUUUUACUCUUAGCAUGAUCGGAGUUCUAGAAUAGUUGUAACAUUUUACUCGUCCUUUUCAACUCUAUUAGAAUAUUUACUGUACCAUACUGAUAUGUUAUUACAUCAAAUUCCAACCAACUUAACUUCUAUAAAUAUGAUAGACCUUAUUUAAAAUUUUAAUUUCAGGUUGUAAGUUAAAUAGGAAGCGAAAUGAAGUAAAAUGAGUUCGUGUUAUUCCACUGCUCAAAUUUGUGCUUUUAUUCUUCUUAAAUUGAUUAAAAAAGACUGUAUGAAACAUUCUUGGUGGUUUCUUGUAGUUGUUAACUUGAUAAACAUAUCCACAAUAAAUUAGAUUUUAUUUACGUGAUUUCCAAGAAUAAAAUUAAACUACAUUUGUUUAUUGAGCAUUAUUGUUAUCUUUGCUAGUUGUAGUAUUGCAGAAUAAUUCAGUAUGAAAGAAUAAAGUUUGUUUCUAAUAAUUGGUAUUGAUUUAAUUAGAGAAUGAAUUAUUCUGGAUUGAAACUUAUAGUUGAGAGGUAGAUAACUGACUGACUUCUACUUUAACUGUUCUCGGUUAUUCUGUCUAGGGAAAUAUUACUUUGUUGGGCUAUUUUACACCCCCAGGGAACAAGUUAGUAACUACUUAUUUUGUUACUUUUUAAGUUUCAAUAUUCCUUUCCUCUCCAUCCUUUUUUGUCUACCAUGACCAAAUUGAGCUGUUUUCUUCUGUCCUUGAGUCUUUCAGUGUGUUAAAUCUUUACCCUUUCUCCGAUGUAUUUGUAAGCUCAUUUAUACACAUGUAUUAUUUGCUUAAACCAAUCUUCUUUGAUCUCUAUCGAUAAAUCUUGCUUGAAGGAUUUUCUUUUGCAGUAAUUGGGGCUAGAACGGAAAGCAGUUGUGGUAUCGAGGUAUUAACAUGCAUAUAAAAGUUAUUGUCGUAUUUUCAAGACAUUAUAUUUAAAGUUUUUUUUACAUAACUACUUUAAUACUCCCAUAGAAACCCGUCUUUUUGUGUUAUUUUAGACUGAAUUCAAGAAGCAACAACCGUUUAUAUCUCCAACCUGUUUGUUUAUUCAACCAAGAAACCUUAAUUUGAGUCAUCAUCUAUCUACAUCAUUACCAUCUCCAUUGUCAAAAGUUCGCUUGUCUUCCGGAAGUUCACCAUUUCGACAAAUGACUGGUUGUUCAAGUUUAGAGUUAAGUGUUUCUUCCUAUCGUCCAAUGGCUGUUUCCUUUGAAUCUUCUUUUAUUGGAACUCAGUGUAAUUCCUCAAGUAGUUGUACUGCCACAGUAUCCACACGUACCAGUAAUAGUAGUGGUGUUGUUGUUACUUCUGCUGGUACUUCAGUGGUAAAUUCAACGGUACAAAUUGAUGUGCUUCUGGUUUAUCAACUACCUCCGCCACCAAAACUACAGGCAUUAGUGAGACAACGAAUUCGUCAAGUAAGGAAAUACUUCAGAUAUUUUUUGUUAUGUUUAGUUCACUAUAUCCGUUUGAGUUCGAACACAAAUUACCCUGCAUAUUAUAACCAUACUUAGUACCCUGUCGAGUGAAUAUUUAUCAUAUGAAGUGGAUAUAUAGGAAAAUGCUUAUUUAGCUUUUAAUAGUUUUUAAGUGAAUAAACGAACUGACUAUAAUUCCUAAUGCGAAAUGCUGGUGUAUGACUGAUCUACCUUAACGUCUAGACUAAUAUUUGGGAUUAAAAUAAUUGGAAGUCUUAAUCAUUCUACUUAUCUUGUAAGGACCUCAUUAACUUUAGUGAGCUGAGGUCUCAUGAAAUGUCGACACGGAUUUGGAAAGGUCAUCAAUAUGGGUCACUGUAAUGUAGGCGAGAUAUCCAUCCACCAACGAAGGGGUCAGUAUACUGCACAGUUGUCUGCUUUGUUUUAAUUUAUGUCAGAAACAUGAUCUUUAAAUAUAAAGGGCAUUCAUGAGCUAUUAUCAUUUGAUCAUUAUUGUCUUUGAGUCAUUACGCGCGUAUAUUAGAGUCCAGUGAGGAAUGUUGCAAUUAGAUUCAGGGUAUUUGGCAAAGAUAUUAAAUCAGUUGGUAAUAAUGCUAAUCUUCAUCGGCUGAAGUGAUCGAGAUAUGUAUGCCAAGUCAGUGCCUACCUUGACUCGGAAUAUUGGAGUAAGAGUAGGGAAUUGAAAGCUAAGGUCAACCAAACCAACACGUUUAGUUAUAUUGUGAAUGCUAUGUUGGUAGGUACAGAAUUGCUCCUUGAGGUCCUCGCAAUAAAUGUGACUAGUGGUUGGAGACGUUGGGGUUGAGGUACCGAGAAUCAAAGUAACAUUUGUAAGUAAAUUCUCCAAUUACAUCCCAUGGGGGAUAUCCAACUUCAAAAUCGAUGCGUAACAAUUAUGUAUAAGGUAUUGAUAAAUGAUAAUUAAAGUUCCAUGAUAAAUUGAGUGUUUUUUUGUUGUUGAUUUAUUAGAUAUAAAUUUAUGAAGAGAAUGGAUUAAUGCAAAUCUGUCUGUCAUGAUAUAUUUUAUAGUAGUAGUUGUAAAUGAGAAUCGUUGCUAUCUCUUUAUUAAACAUGGACUCGUAUAUUCAAUUUUAAAUUACACUUUUAGCAGCGGUCAACAAUACUACCUAAAUGCUGAAACUGAAUUAGUUGAGCAGAGGUUCAAAAUUACACUGUUUAAUAGAGUUAAAAAGCACUAGGAAUUUGCUUAGACAACAGGAUCCAUGGCGUCAAUACAUCUGUUUUCAAUUGUUAACAGUUAUGAUUUACUGACAUUAAUUUUACAUUUCACUUUUCAUUUCAAUUUUUUGGUCUAAUAUGUGAUACUAUUCGUAGAGCUUAGUGUUUUUUGAGGCAUCAGUUUUCCAACUCGUUGGAAGCAAGUUUUAGCCUCGCUUCACAUGCUUCAAUGUGAGCAGUCAGAUAGUUACACUAACUUCGUAUGCACAAACAUUUACUUGUUAUGUAAACGGUGACGAAAAAUGUUAACUAAUUCCCAAUGAAUUUUCAUCUGAUGAAUCGGUUCAUGAAUAUUACUUUCCUGUCAGUUUAUUGGACUUUUGUGCAGCCGAGAGUUUCAUUGCUUUCAGUUUCAAUCAUGAUAUAUUGGUGUGCAUGUGAAUGUAGUAUUUCUUUUAUUUUUUUUAGCUCUGCAAAGAUGAAUACCUUGAACAGUUAGAUCUUCCACGUAGAAUUAUUAGCUAUUUACAAUUUGAACCAUCGUACAAUUGUGCUGGCUCAUGUAUUUCUCGAUCGAACAGUUCUACCAGAACAGUACGAAGUGAUAGUUUUGACCUGUGAUACAGAUUUAUGCGCAUAUAUUUAUAUUUAUGUAUCUAAUUUAUUUCUUACUAUUUUGUUCAGUAUUUUUAUUUAUAAGUAACAUUUAAUUCCUAAUUGUCAUCUUUAAUUUACUGACAUUUGACAGCCUUUGAUCUUUAUUGUUAAAACUCUCAUUCUAUGUAUAUUGUGAACUAUGUGUUGAUAUUUACAGAUUGACAAUUUAUAUCCUGCAAUUUUAAUAGGUGAAAUUUAUUAAAUUCCAGUAUUGAUUUUCGUAAUUUGACUUAUCCAAUUUCUUGAUAUUCAUAUUUAUCCUUAGCAUUUAUCAAUGAAAAAGGUACACGGUUUUUGUAGGAUUGAUUUUUCCAUCAAUAAAUGGAUGGUGCUCUGAACUUAUUAAGAAUACAACAAGAGAGUAAAAAUUGUAUUAUUAUUAUUAUUUAUAUGACUUGAAAGAAAGGAUCUUUAGUGUUUUAUACUAAGCUCCACGAAACAAUAAACUAAAGUUUUUCAUAAAGAAUUUGUAAUUUAACAGUUUGACAUAAUAUAAUUAUUGGUUCUUCAUAUAUAUUCAUCUGUAUGUAUGCAACACAAUGAUACUGUGCUACAUCUUGUCAUAUAAUUCUUUAGUAUGAUUUCGUCACAUUUUUGUGCUUUCCUUGUUGAUCUAAACAAAAGCUUAUGUUAUGCAAUAGCUUUGAAGAACUUCAGCAAAACAAUCUGAUGUAUAUCUAUCUAUUUACAUAUAUAUAUAUCUCUCUCUCCAUAUAUAUGUCAGGUUUACUUAUUUAUUUAUCUCUUUUAACUGGCUAAAUCUUAUUAUUCGUUUUUUCUUUCUUAUCAUUUCAUACUAGGCAUUGUUCUCUUAUUUAUACUAAACAUAAUCAAUUUCUCAUAAUGGUAACAAUUAAUUUAUUACCUUUCUUUUUAUGGUUAAAUAUUUGCUGCAAUUAUUGUAUAAACAUUGGUGUAACUGGUGAUGUUCAUCUUUCUUGAUUCCCUCUCUGUCUCUAUUUUUCUUGGCUUUUUCAUUUGAUGAUGAUUCCUUUGUUUGACACACACACACAUACAACAAAAAAGCAAAACUGAAUCUACAUUUCAUCUAAAUGUACAGAUAUAUACAAAUGUCAAAUUAAUGAUUUCCUUUUCAUUUAUUUUUCUAUUAUUUCAUAUUUAUGAACUUUAACAUUAAUUUUUUUAAAAUUAUUACUAUUAUUAUUAUUAUUAUUAUUAUUAUUAUUAUUAUUAUUAUUAUUACAUAAUCAUUAUUCUUUCUAUAAACUAGACUAUAUUAGGUUAAUAUAUGUAUGUAAAUUCAUUGAAUAUAAUAAAAUUAAAUUAUGCUUUUUAUGGUUAUCAAAUAAAAUGAAUUCAUGUAGAACAUUCAGUUUUUGUUAGAUUUUAGUUUAAUUUAAUCAGAGAUAAAUACAUUAUGUAUUAUGGGUAUAAGUAUAUGGAGUAAUGUGUCUAUAAGAGAAUUUUGAAGAGAGAACAGUUAGAGAGAAGCAUGAGCUAACAAUUCAAGAGAUUAGUAACAAUUAAUAUUAUUACAAGCGUGUUAAGCGAAUCUACAAUUCAAUAGAAUAAGAUUUUCAAUGCAUUAUAUAUGUGCAUACUUUACCAUGUAAAAAGUUUUAAAAGGGAUCUAAUAUUUAGUAGUCGAGGAUACUUACUGUUAGAGAUUAUUUGUAUUGUUUUCUGAUAGUUCUGAACUUAGUGAAGCAAAGGAGGGAGUAAAUUUAUUUACUAUACAUUCAUUUUCUUCAUCACUAAUUAACUUUGUUAUUAUUAUAUGAAUUAACUUUAUCAUCAAGAAAUCAUUUCCAUUCCAGUCAUGAAAUACAAUUCAAGUUUGCUUGUUUACUAGAGAGUUGAAAAGCACCGUUAAACUGUAACAUAUUAUUAAUAAUACUUUUAAGAACAAUCAUAGAAUUUAUAUUUUUCAAUUAGUAAAUAUUUGUUGCAACUAGCCUGUUAGUCUUCACCAACUUUCAUUUUUACACAUUAGAUAUAGAUAAUAUGUAAGGCAAACUCAGCAACAAAAAUCAAAUGGUUUCAAUGUCUCAUUCAAUAGUAUGGUUUUUUCUUAUUCAAGGAACAAUUUAGUUUUAAUGGUUUAAAAUACUGUCGAUCCUGUGUUCUCUGUUUUCGGUAGUUUAAUUAUGAAGUUUUCAUUAUCUUCCUGGUUAACAUUACUAGCAUAAACUCACUAGAUGAACAACUCAAUCUAUAAAACAUUAUUUCAAUCUCAUGUGAAUAGUUUUUAGAUCAAUAGGAGGUGUAAAUUUUUCAUUUGAUUAAAAUUUGAUCAAAUAAUUUUGAUCAGGUGUACAAUUAAUAACCAAGUUUUUAACUAAUCAGGCAACAUUUAAAGAUAUGAGCACUAGACAGC